GUGAAACAGCCCUGCUUGAUUCGUAGUUCAGAAAAGCUAAACGAAGCGUAUCAACAAGUUAAUUGUAGGCUUUCAAAACGAUAUUUUCCAUAUUUGUUAACAACCGUACUUGCUCUACAAUGGCCCGUUAUUUCAAGGAACAAGAUAUUGAUGAGUUUCGCGAGUGUUUUUACUUGUUUGCCCGUUCGGGUCACAUUACUACGUUGGAUGAGCUGACGGUAAUAAUGCGUUCGCUGGGACUUUCUCCCACCAUUCAAGAGUUGACCCAGUAUCUGAAGAAGAAAAAUGGCCGUAUGAGCUUCGCAGACUUUCUUGAAGUCAUGCAUCAGCAUUCACGAGUGGAAAAUCUUCCCGACGAGGUAAUACAGGCGUUCAAAGCAGGUGACAAAACAGGUCGAGGUACAAUACCAGCUCGGCAGCUACGUCACCUUCUUCAGAAUUGGGGCGAAGGGCUAUCGUUUCGUGAGGUUGAUAAUAUAUUUCGUGAAGCAAAUGUUUCAAGCAACGGCCAUGUGCGGUACACCGAUUUCGUCCGAGUAGCAUGCGCUCCGGUUCCCGAUUAUUAUUGAUGUAUUGUGGAAAGAUGAGCAGUUAAUAUUUCAAUCAAUUUUUAAAAGUUACAAUAAUUUAUAUUCCAUUAUUCUCCGUAACAAAAUUGAUGUUGCUAUAAGAUUCAAUUAAAUACAUCCAUAUAUUUAUUCCCUUA